GUUAACUAGACCUUCAAGGCCCCACUUGUUUAUUAAUUUACCAAAAUACUCUUGGACAACAAUAAAGGAACAUGGACAACAAUAAGUGUUCAAAUAUUAACUAAUGCUGGCAUUAAGCAAAGCUCGUUAUCAUGAGCCAAUAGCAGUAAUGGAUAAAUCAAAGCAAAAGUGAAAUAAAAAUAAUCUGAUAAAAGCAGUAUAAACAAUGGAAACGGAUCCUUUGCACUUUAUGGAUGCUCCGAUGGACGAGUCCAUGGAUUUGUUCAAGACGGAGGACGCCUUCGAUAUGAUCAACGAGGUGCUGCACUCGGAUAUACUGGACAGCUUCCUCAAUGAAAUCGAUAUAGAGCCAGCACAGAUGUACAAUAUGCUGCAGAUGGACGACCCUCGAACGCAUGCCCAGGCGCCGAUCGUAGAACAACAACCGCACGUGAAGAGCGAGCACUCUUCACCAGUCCACGUCAAAGAGGAACUGCAACAGCAACAGUCGCCACUGCUCGUAUACAAGCCGGAUCCCCUAAUUGCGUCCCAUUACAACCUCCCCCAGCACCAGCAGCCAGCGCUCCUGAAGGCUGCUCAGCCAACGGCCACCAUUCACCAUAUGGAUGCCCAGCGGUUACCGCCAAGCAAUCCGGUUUAUUCCCCAACUUUAAGUAGUAACUUUGUGUAUCAGUCCAUUUCCCCGCCUACGCCGCCAUCUGACUCUUCGCCUCAGAAUACGAAUGUCAUGCAACCUAUUGCUUCACCUCCGACACCUUUGGCCGUACAGACGCAUCCGCAGCCCUUCAUGAUGUACAAUCCGACGAUACCGGUCAUGCCCGGGGUGUUGGGAUCUCCGACUACAACUACUGUUUCCAGUCCAAAACCGUCUCCACCUGUAGCUCCUCCUUCGGUAGCUGGUAGCCGGGCCAGCAAAGUGCGAGUAGCUCCCCUGGCACCAUCUCCCGUAGCUAUGGAAGUCCAAGGUAAGGUGGCUAUUAAUCGGGUGCAACCCAAGGUUAAGGAGGUGAAGCGCUCGGCACACAACGCUAUUGAGCGGCGGUAUCGCACCUCAAUCAACGAUAAGAUCAAUGAGCUAAAGAACUUGGUAGUGGGCGAGCAGGCCAAGCUGAACAAAUCCGCAGUGUUGCGGAAAUCCAUAGACAAGAUCCGGGAUCUUCAACGCCAGACGCAUGAUUUAAAGGCGGAGCUGCAGCGGCUACAACGGCAACUAAUGGACCGUGAUGGCUCCAAGGUAAAGGAUCUCUUGCAGCUAGGCACACGGACAGGUCGAGCAUCCAAGAAGCGUCGCGAAAGUUCAAUGACCUCCACUACGGAUGCUGGGCUUACUCCCCCUCGCAGCGAUGUAUCAGAUCCAUCGCUCUCGCCAAUGCACUCGGACAUCUCGUUGCCGCCGUCGCCCUAUGGCGGAUCCACGGCCAGCUGCAGUAGCGGCAGCACCAAUGACGAAAUACUGGUUGGGCCCAGUUCAAUGCGGGGCAUGGCCACGCACUCUCGGCUGGCACUCUGCAUGUUUAUGUUUGCUAUCUUGGCUGUCAAUCCCUUCAAGACGUUCCUCCAGCGCGGGCAGUAUGGCAACGAUGACGAUAUUGGCGAACUGAGCGGUCAGAGACGUAUUCUGUCCUAUGGUGAUGGUGGUGAUGGCAUAGUUGAUUGGCAAAAUAAGUCUUUGAUAUGGCUGUUGAACUUGACAGUAAUGCUCGGAUGCCUGGUGAAGCUUUUUGUUUACGGUGAUCCUCAGCUUGAUUCUGGGCGAAUGACGGACGCCUACUGGCAGCACAAGCAGCGGGCUGACUGCAACUUUAACAAAGGACAGUGGGCUUUGGCAAACUCCGGUUACAUGAACUGUUUGCAUAUGUUUGGAUUAAGUUUGCCAGCAUCGCGAUUCGAGUGCUACCUGCAGACUACCUGGCAGUUUUUGCGGUUUCUUUUUCAUCGCAUGUGGCUCGGCCGAGUGCUGUCACGCCGGACUGGAGGACUGUUUAGGAAUGCCGACAGCCGGAAACAGGCACUAUCUUCGGCACGGGAAUUGGCACUAUUGUUUAACCGACUUAAUCAACUUCACUUAACUGGUAACGGAAGUCGCGUUGAUGGAAACGGCAUAAUGAUGGCCCUGUACGCUAGCAAUAUGGCAGAAGUGGCUAGUCAUCUACUGACUCCUCGCGAGAUUAUUAGCAUCCAUAUAAUGACAGCUUUGCGAAUGAAGCACAGUGCUCCCAAGUGGUUAAAGCCUCUUUUUGCCUACUAUUACAUGAGUCGGGCGCGCCAAGAGUGCGCUCGCACCCGGGCUGCCGAGCAAACUCAGGACGUGCGUUGGGCAUUCACUCAAUACGGAUAUCGGUAUUGCAGCACGCACGACUUCAGCUACGAUAUAAUUGACUCCAGUGAGCAGGAUGACUUUUUCACUCGCUUAAGGAAUCCUUGUGAUCCCUCUGCCCACGUCAUGAAGCAAUACCGCGAGCAUUUGUUGUUCAAAGCUAUUCAGUGUUUGGUAGGUGCAGGUCAUAAGUCAGGAAACUUGCCCACAUCAUCAGCAGGUGGAGGCAGUGAUCAAUUGCAGCAACAGGAACACAGCGGCACUAUCGUCAGCAAUGUUCUUAAGUACACCUCGCUUCUGAGAGACACACUGUGGGCGGAUGAAGAUGACCGCGACACAAAUGUGGUUUGGUGGGCGAAUGUCCUGGAGAUCGCAGUGCACUGGCUUCUUGGUGAAGACACGCUGGCAGAACAGUUAUACGAUGGCAUCAAGCAAAUACCAACGCACCAUCCGCAGCACGGAGAUAAUGAUCAUCUGCCAAAGGCGCUACAUGCGGUGCUUCGAGCGAAGAUGAUCCUGUUAAUGAAUAAUGGAAACGCACUGGACAAAAGUCUUAAGCAGUCGGUCAACGCCCUGUGCGAUGAGUCAAGUGCACAGUUUCUAGAAUGUUUGACGGUGAAUAGGAUUACCAAGGCAAAGGGAAUAAAGCUGCUUUUCCAAUUGCUUACCUGUGAUUGGCUGCUUGAAACUCGAACUGCAUUGUGGGAGCUGGAACACAUGAAUAUCGAGGAUGAUGGCUUCUACCAAGUGCCUGGUGAAGUGCUCGAGAAGUUUCAGACCGAUUUGAAUUCGUUACGUAGCAUUGUGGAAAAUAUACCCAACGCCCAGUCGCGAAUAUAUUUGUACGAGGCGGUUUGUCGACUGAUGGCCGGAGCCUCACCAUGCCCAACUCAACAACUUUUGGACAGAAGUCUACGAUCCCGUAAUUCCCACUCGUCCAUCUUCUGCGGCAGUAAAGAUAGGCGACAUCAGAACUUUGAGGGAGGGGAACGGGAACGGGCGUCGGCUAUGUACGUGGCCUGUAAGUACCUACCGCCUGCGCUGCUAAGCUCCCCGGGUGAACGUGCUGGCAUGUUGGCUGAAGCGGCUAAAACCCUCGAAAAGGUUGGAGACAAGCGAAAACUAAAGGAAUGCUACCAACUAAUGAAGUCGCUGGGUAACGGUAUUGGUAGCGUGAAAUCUUAGAAUAGUGUUAAAAUAUGUAUAACCAUAAGUGUCUAGAAACUGGGAUGGAAGACCGAGCAAGUCUACAUUGAAUUUCCAGUACAUUAUUUCCCUAUUUGCUUUCCCAAGGAAGUGGUACUUUCUAGGCCCUUUUAUUUACGCUUUUACUUUAUUUUCCCCGCCAGAUUAUGUUUAGAUUGUAAUUCAACAGUAAUUUAAUAUGGAAAUUCUUAUUUGUUUAUUCAUUACCGUAAAGGUAAAUCAUAUUUAUAACAAUAAAUAUUUUAACAGAUUAA